AGGCUCCCCUUUUUUACGGAAACAAGAUGGCGGAACGCAGCAGCUCCACAUCAAGAAGGCCGUAUUAGAACUUUGGUGAAGUGUUUUUUCCUCCCCGUCCGGACUGGACUGCCAGCAGCCUCGUGAUUUAUGACGCGGAGUUUGUGGACCGGCCGGGUUUCGGAUGAUGUCUCCGUGAAGGCCUCGGGAAGGUCAGAUGUCCAGCGUGCGGCAUGGCGGCAGUGUCAUACGACCAGCUGCUGAGGCAGGUGGAGGUGCUGAAGAUGGAGAACUCCACCCUGAGGCAGGAGCUGCAGGACAACUCCAACCACCUGACCAAGUUGGAGACGGAGGCCUUCAACAUGAAGGAAGUCCUGAAGCAGCUGCAGGGUACCAUUGAAGAGGAGUCUGGGGAGGCGACUGGUUCUCAGGUGGAGCUGAUAGAAAGACUGAAAGGGAUGAGCCUGGACUCAGCUGGCUUUAAGUCAUGGUCCCGGCCUCCUCUCCCCAUGCCGGCCACCUCUGGAGCUACAACAGGAAAUGCCGGAGCUCCAGGUCCUUCCCUGGCUUCUGUCUUUACCAGAAGAGGACUGCCUUCAGUGGGCAGAGACAACCACGACCGCUGCCUUGAGGAGUUGGAGAAGGAAAGGGCUCUUCUUUUGGCUGAGCUGGAGAAGGAGGAGAAGGAGAAGGGCUGGUAUUAUGCUCAGCUGCAGAAUCUCACCAAACGAAUCGACAGUCUGCCGCUAACAGAAAACUUCACUCUGCAGACGGACAUGAGCCGACGACAACUGGAGUUUGAGGCCCGGCAAAUCCGAUCAGCCAUGGAGGAACAGCUGGGCUCCUGUCAGGAGAUGGAAAGGAGAGCUCAGGCUCGUGUUUCACGCAUUCAGCAGAUAGAAAAGGACAUCUUGAGGCUGGGGGCACACCUACAGCAGGCUGAGGGAGCUCAAGGUGACGGCAGUUUACCGGCGGGCACUCAGAGUUGUGGGGGUCGACUGGACCAGGGCGGGGGAAGUGAGACGAGUUACCCUGUUCCCAGACGAAUCACCAGCCAUCUGGGAACCAAGGUGGAGAUGGUGUACAGCCUCCUCUCCAUGCUGGGUACUCACGACAAGGACGACAUGUCGCGGACGCUGCUCGCCAUGUCCAGCUCCCAGGAUUCCUGCAUUGCAAUGCGUCAGUCUGGCUGCCUGCCUCUGCUCAUCCAGCUGCUGCAUGGCAACGACAAGGACUCCCUGCUGUUGGGUAACUCUCGUGGAAGUAAGGAGGCCCGAGCAAGGGCAUCUGCGGCGCUGCACAACAUAGUGCACAGUCAGCCGGAUGACAAGAGAGGUCGCCGUGAGAUACGAGUGCUGCACCUGCUGGAGCAGGUACGCCACUACUGUGAGGCCUGCUGGAGCUGGCAGGAGAACCACGAGCGUGGUGUGGACCAGGAGGAAAACCCCAUGCCGUCUCCAGUGGAGCACCAGAUUUGUCCAGCUGUGUGCGUCUUUAUGAAGCUCUCCUUUGAUGAAGAGCACCGCCACGCCAUGAACGAGUUAGGGGGUCUGCAGGCUGUGGCUGAGUUGUUACAGGUGGACUGUGAGAUGGGCGGCCUCAGCAGCGACCAUUACAGUGUCACUCUACGCCGAUAUGCUGGCAUGGCGCUCACAAACCUCACCUUUGGAGAUGUGGCCAAUAAGGCCACGCUGUGCUCCAUGAAGGGCUGCAUGAGAGCCAUGGUCGCUCAGCUGAAGUCUGAGAGCGAAGACUUGCAGCAGGUGAUUGCGAGUGUCCUGAGAAACCUGUCGUGGCGUGCUGACGUCAACAGUAAGAAGACGCUGCGUGAGGUGGGCAGCGUGCGUGCUCUGAUGGGCUGCGCUCUGGAAGUGCAGAAGGAAUCAACGCUGAAGUCUGUACUGAGCGCGCUCUGGAACCUCUCCGCACAUUGCACUGAGAACAAAGCUGAUAUCUGUGCGGUCGAUGGCGCUCUGGCAUUCCUGGUUGGGACACUGACCCAUCGCAGCCACACAAACACCCUGGCCAUCAUCGAGAGUGGUGGUGGAAUCCUGCGAAACGUGUCCAGUCUCAUCGCCACAAACGAGGCACACAGGCAGGUUCUGCGAGAGCAUGGCUGCCUGCCAACUCUUCUGCAGCACCUGAAGUCUCAUAGUUUGACCAUCGUGUCCAACGCCUGCGGGACGCUCUGGAAUCUGUCUGCUCGAGACAUCAAGGACCAGGAGACUCUGUGGGAACUGGGCGCAGUUGGCAUGCUGCGUAAUCUGAUCCACUCCCGGCACAAGAUGAUCGCCAUGGGCAGCGCCGCGGCGCUGCGAAACCUGAUGGCCAACCGGCCAGCAAGGUUCAAAGAUGCCAACGUGGUGUCCCCUGGCGCUGGUGCUCCCUCCCUGCACGCUCGCAAACAAAAGGCAUUGUUCGAAGAGUUGGAUGCACAGCAUCUGUCAGAGACCUUCGACAACAUCGACAAUCUGAGCCCCAAGGCCACACACAGGAAGGGGCGUGGCUGUAGCACCCCCGGCGCAGGAGGCACAGCCACGCGCUCAUACGCCAACACACCAGUCCUGUCAAGCCCGAAGAACGGAGACGGGUCCAAGAGGAUGAGCGAAGAAGCGAUAUACACCGCCCGCUCGGUGUACCCGCCCAGCGUCCGGGCCUCCAGCGACAGCCUUAACAGCGUGACAAGUGCCGACGGCUACGGGAACCGGGGCAAGACCAAGCCGUCGUCGGAGCCCUUCUACUCCUCGGACGAGAGCGCCGUUAGCAAGUGCUGCGUCUACAGGAAGUACCCAGCUGACCUGGCUCACAAGAUUCGGAGUGCGAAUCACAUGGCAGAGGAUGAUGGUGCCGAGUUGGAUACGCCCAUCAACUACAGCCUGAAGUACUCUGAUGAGCAGCUCAACUCUGGGAGGCAGAGUCCCAGUCCCCGUGUCGGCAUUGAGAGCGACCACGAAAGCGAGCAGGAAGGCCAGCUGCGGAGAAGCGAUGAUGGAGAAACAGGACCCAGUAGCUGCCUUGGGUCUAUCCCACCCCCUCACUAUGUGGUCGCCACAUCAUCAAACUACGGUGGCGAGCCUCCACCGGAGCAGCCUAUUGACUACAGCCUGAAGUAUGGAGCUGAUGCUGCUCGGAAACCUCUCUUCAAGCAAGACGAAGCUGCUGUCUCCCUGCUGGAUCCUCCCACAUCUUCCUCUGGCAGCAAGCCCCACCCCCUGGUUCCUCCCAUCUCUCGCCCUGUCACAAAAAACAGCCAGGAGUCGCCGCAGACGUACUGUGUGGAGGACACGCCCAUCUGCUUCUCUAGAGGCAGCUCUCUGUCAUCUUUAUCGUCCGAGGAAGAGGACGACCGGGAUGCCAUUGAGAACAAGAAGAAAGGGCGGGGCAGCGUGGUCGCCGGCAGCAACGACUACCCGACUCUGCCCGUCGGAGAGAAGAGCGAGCAGCAGCAACGGCAGCAGAAAGAGGCGGAGAGUCAGACUGCAGGCCCUCCCACUUCACGGGGACGGAGAGGUCAUCACCACCAUCAUGGCCACUCCCACCACCCCCACCACAGUGUGACAUCAUCAUCGGGCGCCAGGACUCCCAAAAGCCCUCCAGAGCAGCCCUACGCUCAGGAGACGCCUCUGAUGUUCAGCCGCUGCACCUCCGUCAGCUCCCUCGACAGCUUUUCCGCCUCCUCCAUUGCCAGCUCCGUGCGCUCCAGUGAGCCCUGCAGCGGCAUGCCGAGUGGCGUGGUCAGCCCCAGCGACCUCCCUGACAGUCCGGGGCAGACGAUGCCGCCGAGCCGGGCUAAGACCCCUCCCCUCCCGCCACCGGUCCAGAAAAACACGGAGGAGGACAAAGCCAAGGAGGUGGAGGAAAAUAAUGUUGAUAUCCUGCUGCACUUUGCUACAGAGAGCACCCCCCAUGGCUUCUCAUGUGCCUCUAGUCUGAGCGCGCUCAGUCUGGAUGAACCCUUUAUUGCUGCCGAAAUGAAAAAGAAAGAGGAGCAUGGGGGGGCGAGCUGUGAAAGGAAGGAGAUCUCCACCAAACCUGUCCUCAAUGAGUCCGAUGACGAUGACAAUGAGAUCCUGGUGGCCUGCAUCACCUUGGCAAUGCCCAAGUCCUCACAGAAACCAAAGAAACCGCACCAGACCCCCCCACGGAAGCAGAGCCAGCUCCCUGUGUACAAAGUUCUGCCUCCCCAGAGAAGGGCCCAACCCCAGCAAAGGAAGGACGUGGGGCCCCCUCCAGCAGAGGAGGUACCCCGAGUGUACUGUGUGGAGGGAACGCCUCUCAACUUCUCCACUGCCACUUCACUGAGCGAUCUCACCAUCGACUCGCCCCCCAACGAAGAGACGCCCCCCAUCAUCGCCCAAAGGACGCGAGCGGGAUUUCCAGAGGGGGAAAACGGGGAAGACAUCCUUGCAGAGUGCAUCAGUGCCGCCAUGCCCAAGGCCAAACCCCGGAAACCAGUCAGAGCGUCAGCAGGCGGCGAGCACCAGCAAGCCCCCCCCGUUCUGGCUUCAGGGCCCCCUCUCGCCCCACUGCCCCAGAAGAAAAAGCCGACGUCUCCCGUGAAGCCCGUCUCUCAGCGCUCGGCUUACAGCGGCUCGGCAGCCUCCAAGCCAAAGCCGGGGUUUGCCUUCGACUCUCCACGCCACUACACGCCCAUCGAGGGGACGCCAUGCUGCUUCUCCCGCAACGACUCGCUCAGCUCGCUGGACUUUGAUGAAGACGACGGCUGCGACAGAGACGGGGAGGAGUGUAGGAAGGAAGGGGAGGGCGGCAGGAGAAAGCGGCAGCAGGCGGCCGUUCUCCCUCAGCCGAAACCUGCCAGCCAGACGGCCACAGACGAGAAGCAGAAGUUUGCCAUCGAGGACACGCCCGUCUGCUUCUCCAGGAACCCGUCGCUGAGCUCACUGAGUGACAUCGACCAGGAGAACAACAACAAGGAGUUUGCUCCACAGGAUGGAGGCGCUGCUGCUGAGACUCCUCCCCCUGCAAAGGUGGAGUCCAAACCACAACCCCCCGGUGCCAGCGGCUACACCCCCAAAGCGUUUCAUGUGGAGGACACGCCCGUCUGCUUCUCCAGGAACUCGUCGCUCAGCUCUCUCAGCAUCGACUCGGAGGACGACUUGCUGCAGGAAUGCAUCAGCUCCGCCAUGCCCAAGAAGAAGAAGAAGGCGGCGGCGGCCACGCCUCCUGCUGCUGCAGCGGUCGCGCCGCUUACAGCUAGCGAUUGUGUUCUGGUUGAGGAGGAGCCGUCCGAGUCGCAGCACAGCCCCACCUCCCCUGACUCAGAGUCAUUUGAUUGGAAGGCCAUUCAAGAAGGCGCCAAUUCCAUCGUCAGCAGCCUGAAUGCCGCCGCCGCAUCUUCAUCCCUCUCCCGUCAGCCAUCUUCAGACUCGGACUCGGUCCUGUCUCUGAAGUCUGUUGGGUCACCCUUUCACCUUCCAACGGCCAGCAACAAUAUGGAGGAAGAGGAGCGGGGGACGGACGAACCUACCUGUGGCCCCAGAAUCCUGAAGGCGGGAGAGCACGGCACGCUGGACGCCAAGAAGAAGGAGGAGGAGGGGCCAAAGGCCCUGAGGGGCGGGAAGAAGGUGUACAGGAGUCUGAUCACGGGGAGGCCCAGGAUGGAGCCUGCCGCUAGAGGCCGGAGCAAGCCCCGAGCCACAGCUUCUGGAGGCAGUGAUGGUGCUGACAAAGGAGGCGGGGCCUCCCAGGACUCCAUAGCCUCACGAUCCUCAUCUGGAGCUAACCUGAAAGGAGGGAAAGUGUCCCAACUGCCACGCACCGCGUCUCCUGCUUCCAAAGCCGGUAAGCACAGCGGAACGCCCAAGAACCCUGCUGCUAUCCCCAGGAGCGAGUCCGCCUCCAGGGUGGUCAGUGCUACUGCCCCCAAGAAGCAAAAGGCGGAGCCUGAGAAGCCAGGCCUUGUCCGCCAAUCGACCUUUAUCAAAGAGGCCCCCAGCCCAACACUAAAAAGGAAGCUGGAGGACUCUACCGCCGCCGCCGUUACGCUGGAGUCCCCCUUAAGCCCCGAUGCGUCCCUGCCCCUCUCAACUAGGGUCAGACACGAGGUCUGCCGCUCGCAGUCGGAGAGCCCGUCACGACCUCAGGAAGUGACCUCAUCACGCCUGAGCCGCACCGGGACCUGGAAGAGAGAAAACAGCACCGGAGGGGGCGGCGCCAGCAAGCACUCCACCUCUCUGCCGCACGUUGGCACGUGGAAGAGAACCGGAAGCUCCUCGUCUGUUCUGUCCGCCUCAUCCGAGUCCAGUGAAAAGGGGCGGAGUGAAGAGGAGGGCGCUGCCAAGUCAAAGGGAGCUUGGCGAAUGCCGAAGAGCGGCAGCGACUCCUCUGCUGCCUGCAGCGAAUCCGACAAGGCGGAGGACGUGUGGGUCCGUCUGGAGGACUGUCCGGUCAACAACCCGCGAUCUCCGUCCUCCUGCUCUGCGCGCUCCCCCACCGCCAAAGGCCCGCCCAUCAUCGACAGCCCCACCCCUUCAAAAAUACCAUCCUCCUCCUCCUCCUCCUCCUCUUCCAAUCUGAACCUGCGACGGAGCUGUGAGAGUCUGCUAGACGACAGGUUACCGCCACCAGAGCGUCCGGCGCAGCGUCCGGCGGCGCGCAGCAGCGCCGUGGCGGCUCGCGUCAGUCCCUUCAACUAUACACCGAGCCCGAGGAAGAGCAGCACCGAGGUCAGCCCUCCGACAACCACUACCAGCAGCAUGUCCAGCACGCCCACAAGACCCUCGCUCAUCCCAACUCCUGUCACCAAGAAGAGGGAGCCCAAAAGCGGAGAGGGAGGCGGCGGAGGCGGCGGCGGCGAGCGCGGCUCGUACAUAGUGACGUCCGUGUGAAGAUCAGCAGCCAACUCUGCAGCAACUUGAACUUUUUAUCUUUUUAUACCACUAAAUGAUUAUUUGUUGCUCUUAGCUCCGCCUCCUGCAUGACCCCGCCCUUCUUAGCAGUUUAACACAAUGAUGCUAACGAUGGUAUCUGCCGACUGUCGUGUCGGAACUUCCUGUUGGUCUUUUUGGAAUUUGGUUGAUGACCAGAACCAGUUCCUGGUGUCCUGUUCUAUUGGGGGGGGGGGGGGGGGUUCUGUGUUGACAGAACUGUGUCUGUUGAUGUUGUACAGGAGGUGUCCUGCUCCGUCGCCAUGGAAACAAUAACACUGUAAAGCAUAACUUAUUGCUGUAAACCUUUUAAGCACAUAUUUAAAUUGAGUGACAGGAAGUGGAUUCCUACUUCCUGUUGGGAGUUUGAUGUUCGCCUGAUCAAUAAAGUUUCAUCAGAGCUCUG